GUUCAGAUCAUUAUCAGUUCACCAUGUUGUUCUCAUCUGCUUUUGUCCUUAGCAUGGCCGUGCUUGUGGCGGCCAGGCCUCCCCAUAUCGAAUCCACAGCAACAGGGUUCAAGCGGGAAGCUGCUGUGCAGACACCGCACCUCGAACACCCAGAGCAAGGAUGGAAACGCUUACCACCACACAUAGAAUCGACGGCAACAGGCUUCAAGCGAGACAUAGCCGUGCAGACACCUCAUCUCGAACACCCAGAGGAAGGCUGGAAACGCGAGGACGAUCUUUUGCCUCCUCAUAUCGAGUCCACGGCGACAGGCUUCAAAAGGGAUAUCGCCGUACAGACGCCACACCUCGAGCACCCGGAGGAAGGCUGGAAGCGUCUGCCACCCCACAUCGAGUCCACGGCAACGGGUUUCAAACGUGAGAUCGCCUUACAGACGCCACACCUUGAGGUCCCUGCAGAGGGCUGGAAACGCAUGCCACCGCACAUCGAGUCCACCGCCACGGGAUUCAAGCGCCACGCAGCUGUGCAGACGCCUGCACCUUAAGUAGACGUCGUAAGGAUGAUGGAAAGAUUCGGAAUCAUACAUCGGAGAACAAGUGAAUUUAGUGAGAGGAAAGAAUUUAUCACAAGUCUAUAUAUCAUCAAAGUCGGCCUGUUUACAUAGAUUGAACGAAACAA